AGUCAUGACCCUAACAAUCACACUGGGAGGAGCUAACAUUUAUUUUCUUUAAAAAUCUGUACAUGUAGCAUGAUCAUUUUUGGACGCUGUUUAGGUUUUACAGCAAAAGUUGUCUACAUUAACUCUACAAAGUACAUGGAAACAAAAUGUGAAAUAUGUUUUCAACUUUAAUCAUUUGAGAAAUAGACCUGGCCUAUAUAUAUCUUCUCAUUUGAAGGAACGUCUAAAAUGGAUAAGCUAUGAUCUUCAGUCAUGAUAGUAUGUUCAGUCAGGAGGAUCAAGAAGAAAGAAGUAGCCUUGAAGCUGCAGCAGAAGCAGCUGCUAAGGUCACUGCUAUGUUAAUUUCUAAAGGAAUGCUAAAGCCUAACCAGACUCAGCCUGCUACAAAUGUGAUCACUAAAAAGGCAGGUGGACCAAAUAGUUUAGUUGUUGCUGAAGUUGAAAUUAAUAACCUUACAACAGCUUGUCGUAAUACUCUCACUAGGGGGACUACCCAAGAAGAGAUAUCAAAAGCUAGCGGGGCUGCAGUAACUACCAGAGGUAGAUAUAUGGCACCGGAUGAAAAAGCCAGAAAUCCAAGAGACCGUUGUUUAUAUUUGAAUGUUCAAGCUACUACUAAAGAAUCUGUAGACAUUGCAGUACAAAAAAUUAAUGAAAUUAUUGGAAGCAUGAAUGGAAACAAAGUAGAACCUAAACAUAGAGGAACCAAUCAAUUUAGAGGAGGCAGGAUGAGAACACCAUUCCGUCCAAAUGUUAACAACCGUUUUAGUUUUCGGGGGCAGCCUCCACCUCCCUUGAUGUCUCUGCCAACUCCUCCUCCACCUCAAGUUCAAAUGCCUCCUCAGCCACCACCUCAAACAGUAACCAUUCUUCAGGAGAAUUUAUACAUUGGACUGGAACAUGCACCUCCAAAUUUUGAUACAAAAAAUAAAAUUUUAGGCCCUGGGGGAAGCUUUCUCUUGCACAUCCAAUCUGAAACUGGUGCUGCUGUUAGUUUAAGAGGGAAAGGCUCUGGGAUGGCUAACAUGACAGGCCUAGAUUCUAUUGAACCUAUGCAUGUGCAUCUUGAACACCAUUCAUUUGUAGCUCUUCAAGAAGCCAAGAAGCUGGCAGAAAACCUUAUUCAAACGGUGCAACAAUCGUAUGUCAGUUUCCAGCAGGCACUUGCCGCUUUGCCAGCAUCUAUUCCUACUGGGUUUAUAACUGGAGUACCCCAGCAGCCAACAUUUGUAGAGGCUCCAUUGGGCCCUCCUCAACCUGGUAUGACAACUAUAUCUCUUGGAGAACCAACCAUACAAGUCCAACAGAUUGGUCACCACAUGUUGGUGCCUCCAGGAUCAGUAGCAAAUCAGUUAUCUCACAUAACCCAAGGCUUAACCAAUAAUGCAGGCCAGCAAUUUAUGCUUCCAUCAAGUAUUAAUUUGACUACUUUGCCUAUGAUGAAUACUAUUCCUGUAUCAGCUGCCUCAAUGUUGCCUCAACAGUCCACUCACAUAGAUUUAGGAGGACAGCAGCAGCUAAUAUUAAGUCAGCCACCUCCAGCUACUGCACAAUCUAUUGCUCAAGUAGGGAUACAACAGAUUGUACAAGGACCCCCUCCUCAACAGCAGGCUAUGCCAUCUCCAUAUGGUGCAUAUGCCCCAGUUCAGCCUACAGUUCAUUUGGUGUCACAGCCUGUUUCCAUUCCAUCACACACCAUUGUACAGCAGGGACAUCCAUUACCUCCCCAGCACAUUCUUACACAACAGCCUGCUCAACAAAUAUCAUUUUCUGCUCCAACAUCUCUGGUUUAUACGAUGGCUUCAACUAACCCACCACCUUACUACACAUCACCUAAGUUAGAGGAAGAGCCCAAGCGAAGAUUUACUGAGGAAAAGGAGGAAAAAAUCCCAGAAAAUUUGUUGGGCUAUCAGCAUGGACCUCCACAUCUGGUGAACCUGGUUCAGUCUAGUCCACCGCCUCACAGUAAUUACCCUCCUAUUUCUCAAGGCAUGGUCCCACCUCCAGGCACUCAAAUCAUACAGUCCCAGCAUGGUCUGAUUCAUGUGAGUCAUCUGGCUCCAGACCAAGGUCAGUUUGCUCAACUUGGGGCCCAGACUAUCAUUCAGUCUGCCCCUCAGAUGUAUCAGACUACCCCAGAUGGACAACAGCUGAUUGCUCACACCACUAGUCACCCAUUUCAUACUGGACUACCACCACCUCAUUUCAUUAGUGGACCCCCUCUACCACCGACGUCUCCUUCACAGCAUCUGACAAGAUCUCCAGGUCUUGAAAACCAACCACCAAGUAUUGCCAGUGUAGCCAAUGUAUUGCCACCACCUACGCCUCCAUCUGCUUUAUCUAACCUAAAUGAUGGAAGGAAAGAUGAACUUUCUAAGUCCAACUCAAGUUCUUCUGAUUCCCUUUAUGGCUCCAUGUCUAGAAGGCGAGGUGGUAGCCCAUCAUCUAAUGAACCUGAUAAAAAGAAGAUGAAAGGCAUCCUGAAGAAUAAACACAGUGCACAUCAGCUAGAUAAAGAUGGUACUAAUGCUGAAGUGAAAGCAGAGACAGAGAAAUGUACAGAAGAGAAGCUUCUGCCUCCAGCAUCUCCUCAAUAUCAAGGCCAGCCACUUCGCUAUCCCUGUUUACCCUCUGAUCCAAAUCUUCCCCCGAUGUCACUUGAUCCUGGGCUGGCUCACCAAUUAAGACCAUUGGGUCAUGUCGCUGGCAGUAUGCCUCCAGGUCAACACUUGGUGCAUCAAACUGAUCCCAAUCUCCAUCUAACACAUCCUCAGUUGCACUUGGAGCCUCCAAGGCCUGACAUUGCACCAGGUCAAAUAGUACUUGAACACCAGGGCACACCAAUACACAUAACACACAGAAUGGCUCCAACUGGUCAAAUACAUAUUGAGCAUGCUCUAGCAGGACCACCACCUCGGCAGAUUCUCAUUGAGCACCCCCCUCAGCAGGCCAUUCAGUUGGAACAUCAAACUGUCCCUCCUGUCCAUCCAGAGCAUGCACACAUUCCUGUGGCUCAUCAGCCACCUCCUACUCAAGAGAUGUUUGAGUUUGACUACAGUGGUCAGCAGCUGCAGCCACCACCAGCACAAUAUCACCAAACAUUUGAACACAUUGCUGUGUCCCAGCCAAGUCAAGUUGGUGAUCACUUGCUGGCCCCUGGCUCUGCUGUUAUAGUUUCCAGCACACAGCACUUUCCCCAGUAUUCUGUUGCACUGACUAGUGCCACAGCACCUCCCCCUGCAUCCUAUUCUCUUCCUGCAUCUACCCCUUUUUCAUUUCCCAGCCAGGCACUACAGCAGCAGAUUCAGAGACUUCCGGAGCCUCAACAGAUCUCAGUGCCACCUCCUCCAUCUUCUUAUACAGUUGGAUUGAACCCAUCUGCAUCACCACACUACCAAACCCAUUUUACAGGCCUACAGACUGGACAGUCUCUUCCAGCACAUUUGUUUCAUCAGACACAGCAGCCACCUCCCCCACUACCACCAUCACAACCUCAGUACCAGCCCCAUCCCCAGAGUAUAUCCUAUUGGGUUUCCCAGACCUAAUGUUUAGUUUCAAGACAUCAUAUCAUUAUCUUUGCUACCAGAGGCUAAUAAACCAUUUGUAAAGUUUCUUUUUAUUUUUAAACUAAUUCAUUCAGUUCAUGAACAUGAGUAUUGCCAUAACACAUUUUCUAUAUAUCUGUAAAAAAAACAAAAACAGAACAACUUUAUUGUAUUAUAAUGUAUAUAAUCUUUAUUGUCUCUUGUUGAUUCUAUUUGCCAUACAGCAAUAAGGAAACUUGUCUGGGAUAUGUUGUAAUAUAAAACUUAAGUUAUUUGAUUAAUAAAUAAUAUCAAGACAGAUAUUAUAUAUAUAUAUAUAUGUGAAGAGUUGUUCCUAAAACUUGAUUUACUUGCAAGGAGUAAGUUCAAAUGGAUGUUAAAGAAACAAUUAUUUUAGUUGACCUCACUGAUAGUUGUUGUACUUAACCUGUUUUUGUUUGAUGUUUACAAAGAUAUUCUAAUUUUGUAAAAAUAUGCUUGUAUUAAACACUUUUUCAACCUGUCA